AUUGGAAAACAUUGGAGAAGCGCAGUGAUACCAAAGAGAAACGCACCGCAGACAGGUGCAUGACGCAAAACAGAACCCCAGUAGUAGAAGAUUUGGCUAUUUUUACAACUAAGAAACGCCGUCGGGAAACAUUGGACAGCCUUUGCAAUUGUACAGAAUGACAAUAAGAGUCUGUGCUAGUAUCUGAUCUCCCUCCUUUCCCAGAGUGGUUGUCUACACCAACACACACCUUAUUCAUUCUGCUCUCCUCCGGCAUGUCAGGUGGUUACACUCCAGCCCCUGGGGGCCCCUUCUCAGCCCUGACCUCCAGUAUGUGGCCCCAGGACAUCCUGGCCAAGUACUAUCAGAAGGACCCAACAGAGGCAGAACUGCAGUAUGAUGAGUUUGGCUUCAGGCUGGACAGUGAUGAUGGAGUAGAGCCAGAGCCGAGGCCAGAGCUCCAGAGAGAGGACCCCCAGCAGAGGCUGCGCUGGCAGGCCCACCUGGAGUUCACCCACAACCACACCGUAGGAGACCUGACCUGGGACCUCAUCUCCCCCGUCCUGCCCCGCUCUGAACGCCUCCGCUCCCUGGUGCUGGGGGGCAUACCACACAGCAUGAGACCACAGUUGUGGAUGCGUCUGUCUGGAGCUCUGCAGAAGAAAAGGACUACAGAGAUCUCCUACAAAGAGAUCGUUAAGAACAGCACCAACGACGAGACCACUGCUGCCAAACAGGUACUGGAUGCUGAGAUAGAGAAGGACCUGUUGCGGACCAUGCCCUCCAACGCGUGUUUCUGCAGCCUGCAGAGUGUGGGUGUUCCCAGGCUGAGGCGGGUACUGCGGGGCCUGGCAUGGCUCUACCCAGACAUCGGCUACUGCCAGGGCACAGGCAUGGUGGUGUCAUGUCUGUUGCUGUUCCUGGAGGAGGAGGAUGUGCUGUGGAUGAUGUGUGCCCUGAUCGAGGACCUGCUGCCACCCUCCUACUUCUCCUCCACCCUGCUGGGGGUCCAGACAGACCAGAGGGUCCUCAGACAGCUCAUAGUCCAGUAUCUACCAAGCCUGGACAGGCUUCUGCAGGAGCAUGACAUCGAGUUGUCUCUGAUCACGCUGCACUGGUUCCUGACAUCGUUUGCCAGUGUGGUGGACAUCCGCAUCCUGCUGAGGAUCUGGGACCUGCUGUUCUACCAGGGCUCUGUGGUCCUCUUCCAGGUCACACUGGGCAUGCUCAAGAUCAAGGAGGUUGACCUUCUCCUCUCUCCCCUACAGGAGGAGGAGCUGGUGUCCUCUGAGAACUCUGCGUCCAUCUUCAACACGCUGUCCGAUCUGCCCAGCCAGCUGGGUGACGGGGCUGCUGUACUGGGGGAGGCCAUGAGGCUGGCGGGGGCGCUGUCCCAGGACACACUGGAGGCCCAGAGGAACAAACACCUGGCUUACAUCCUCAAUGAGCAGGCCCAGCUGAACACCAACAACUCCCACACACUCAACAACAACCUCAAUAAAGUUGUGAGGAGACAGUCGCUACGUAGGAAGUCCACUCUGAGCUCUCUGUUGUGGGGUGAGGACGAGGCGGAGGCUCUCAAGUCUAAGAACAUCAAGCAGACAGAGCUGGUAGCAGCACUCCGAGAGGCCAUCACCCGCACCGCUGAACACUUCCACUGUCUGGACCCCCGACACACCAGCACUGACCUGACUCCAGACUACUCCAUGGAGAGCCACCAGAGAGACCACGAGAACUUCCUGGUUGUGUCUCGUAACCGACGGAGACGGGCCAAAGCCCUGUUGGACUUUGAGCGCCAUGACGACGACGAACUGGGCUUCAGGAAGAACGACAUCAUCACAAUUUUUUCCCAGAAAGAUGAGCACUGUUGGGUGGGAGAGCUCAACGGGCUGAGAGGUUGGUUUCCAGCCAAGUUCGUAGAAAUCCUCGAUGAGCGGAGCAAAGAGUACUCUCUGGCGGGUGAUGACUCGGUGACUGAGGCGGUGACAGACCUGGUCAGAGGGACGUUGUGUCCUGCCCUGAAGGCCAUCUUCCAACACGGUUUGAAGAAACCCUCCAUACUGGGAGGACCCUGCCACCCCUGGCUCUUCAUAGAGGAGGCAGCCAGUAGAGAGGUGGAGAGGGACUUUAACUCGGUCUACUCCAGACUGGUGCUGUGUAAGACGUACAGAUUAGAUGAGGAUGGCAAGGUUCUCACACCAGAGGAGCUGCUCUAUAGAGCGGUGCAGUCUGUAAAUAUGAGCCACGACUCUGCACACGCUCAGAUGGACGUCAAGUUUCGCUCGCUCCUCUGCGUGGGCCUCAAUGAACAGGUGUUACACCUGUGGUUGGAGGUGUUGUGUUCCAGUAUGCCUGCAGUGGAGAAGUGGUACCAGCCCUGGUCCUUCCUACGCAGCCCAGGAUGGGUCCAGAUCAAGUGUGAGCUCAGGGUUCUCUCAAAGUUUGCCUUCAGUCUCUCUCAGGACUGUGAGCUGCCUGCCAAGAAAGAGGAGAAAGAUCAGAGGCCACUGAAGGAAGGAGUCCAAGACAUGUUGGUGAAGCAUCAUCUCUUCAGCUGGGACAUCGAUGGCUAGAGACACACACCCAAAGCCUGCAAAAAACUCCCUUGCCCAACACAUGCUGUGUGUCUACCAGAGAUCUUUCUGUUUCUUUCAUAUUGACUGCUAUGUCAGAACCCACUACUUGUGUUUCCAUCACUACCUCUCACUAGGAAGUAUUGUAUUGUUCAGACAUUUGAUCAUCAUUCUACAAACACAUUGAUAUGCAUCGUGGUUUCCCUUCCUCGUCUCAACUAAACUGCAUCCGAAGCCUUUCUACUGAGGAUAGUACACUAGAGGGGGCGCGUUCAGCAAGAAUGUUAUUUUUGGAAUGUUCAGAUAGAAAUAAGCAUUGUAGAACAAACAUGCCUCUGACAUGUAGAAUAAGGAAUAACAUCAGCUCUAUUCAUGGCAUUUCUAUCUGCAAUGUUUGGCAACUUAACGUGGCAAGGGUAUCAUUUGAGACACAAAAGACUUUCCAUGUCCUUUCUGAGCUUGCUAACAAAUCAAGUAUUUUGAUGUGUCUAUUAAGGAAGCAAUUAGUAUGUAACCAAGGUUGAUAGUCCUGGCUGUCACCAUGGCUGUUAGUUCCUGGGUGAAGCUACUGUGUAUGUUGUCCACACCAGUGUUUCUGAUACUUUAGAUCAGGUGCAGAAGACUAGGAAUAUACAGAAAGUGCUGAUUGUAGCAUUCCUUAGGUACAGAGUAGUCAACUCUACUGUGCCAUAUGAAGUAUUUCCUCAGACUCAAGGACUGGGGUGUAUCACUAAGAACCAAACCGGGAGGAAUGUACCUGAAUUUGUCCCAGAGAAACUUGUUUUUGUUGUGAAACGUUUUGCUACAGUGGGCACUGAUCUGAUGUCGUAGUACCACGUGUGUCCUGCUACCAGUACUGUAGUAGGAUGUGCUGAUUGAGAAGUGGAACGUACUCCUGUGUUCCUGCUACCAGUACUGUAGUAGGAUGUGCUGUUUGAGAAGUGGAACGUACUCCUGUGUUCCUGCUACCAGUACUGUAGUAGGAUGUGCUGAUUGAGAAGUAGAAUGUACUCCAACCACCCUGUCGAUCUGUGUUGGUACCCAACAAUCCCAUUCUACUCUGCAUUCCAUCCACUAUUGUCUCCAAAUGUUUAGUGCCAACAUGGCUCUCUGUUGUGGGCUACUAAACAGUGUAUCUGUAGUAGUCACUUUGCUGACUGGGAAGAACUACUGUACUAUAAACUUUUAUUUCAGUUCAUUUCUUUAUUACAAUGGAUGUGUCCAUCCGCCAUCAAACUAACCUCCAUCUUGGUGGGUAAUUACUGAAGAAAAGCCACUUGACUUUCACACAUCACCUUGCAGUAAUAUUACACUAUAUACAUAAGAAAAUAAACUCGAUCUCCCUGUUGUGCUCUGAUAUGAAAGGCAGUGGAUUUAACCAUCAGAAAAUGGUGGUAUACUAUCCCAGUAACUUGUAUUCAUUCCCCUCAUCUUAACCCGUAGCACUGCUACCGUACCUAUAGACUUGUCAUACUGCACAGAGACAAAUGGUAUCAGUUCAGACUCACUAACCUCAAACUAUACAACGUUAACCCUAAUUUCAACCCCUAUGCCUAUAGUUUUCACGUACAACACAGUUGACCAAUCAGAGAUCAAUAAAGCCUGUUUUUAUUGGUGAAUGUCAGAAGCAAACAGAAUUCCACAACUAAGUAAACAGUGAUGGUCCAAACAGCACUGCGACUAUUAUUACAAUCAAUGUCUCACUUAAACAGUUGCUAAUCAAGUGUACAUUAAAUUCUUAAAUAAACCUUA